CGUGCAUAGACUUCUCACCACGGUUCAAGAUUUUCGGAGCAUAGCUUGAGGUAGCUAUUGUCUCUUUUCUUCAGUCUGCACCUGUUCGUUUUCCAAAUUUCGAAGAACCCCACCGCGGGGUCAAUAUCACAUCCAAGAUGCAGGUCGAUCUAUCAAAUGCCCAGGUUAUGAAGGAUGAGACGGGCAGGCCGUUUAUCAUCGUCAGAGACCAGGGCAAGAAGAAGAGACAACAUGGCAAUGAGGCCGUGAAAUCGCACAUCCUCGCCGCCAGGACUGUGGCGAAUCUUGUGAAGACAUCUCUGGGUCCCCGAGGUCUCGACAAGAUUCUGAUAUCCCCCGACGGCGACAUCACGGUUACGAACGACGGAGCUACGAUCCUCGCCCAGAUGGAAAUCUCGAACCACGUUGCAAAAUUACUCGUCGAACUCUCCAAAUCACAGGACGAAGAGAUUGGCGACGGUACUACGGGUGUUGUUGUGCUCGCCGGUGCUUUGCUCGAGCAAGCCGCCGAUUUGAUUGACAAGGGCAUCCACCCCAUCAGGAUAGCAGACGGAUACGACCAGGCAUGCGAAGUUGCUGUGGCCGAGCUGGACAAGAUCAGCGACGAGAUCAAAUUCUCCAAGGACAACACAGAAGAGCUAUUCAGGGUGGCGAAGACAAGUUUGGGCAGCAAGAUCGUGUCCAAGGCCCACGAUCACUUUGCAAACAUCGCAGUUGACGCCGUCCUCUCCGUGGCCGACCUCGAGCGAAGAGAUGUUGAUUUCGAGCUGAUCAAGGUGGACGGCAAGGUUGGAGGAGCUUUGGAGGACACUCUCCUCGUGCAAGGUGUCAUCGUGGACAAGGACUUCUCCCAUCCGCAAAUGCCUUCCGAGGUCAAGGACGCGAAAUUGGCCAUCCUCACAUGCGCAUUCGAGCCUCCCAAGCCAAAGACCAAGCACAAGCUCGACAUCACCAACGUGGAGGAAUUCAAGAAGUUGCAGAACUACGAGCAGGACAAGUUCACCGAGAUGAUCAAGCAGAUCAAGGAUACGGGCGCGAACGUUGUCAUCUGUCAAUGGGGUUUCGAUGAUGAGGCCAACCACCUUCUCCUCACAAACGAGCUUCCGGCCGUUCGAUGGGUCGGAGGCCCGGAGAUCGAGCUCAUUGCCAUCGCUACCAAUGGCCGUAUCGUACCCCGAUUCGAGGACUUGAGCGCUGAGAAGUUGGGCAAGGCCGGUAUCGUCCGAGAACUGAGCUUCGGAACUACAAGAGAUAAGAUGCUUGUCAUCGAGGAGUGUGCCAACACUCGCGCGGUGACUGUUUUUGUUCGAGGCAGCAACAAGAUGAUCAUCGAUGAGGCGAAACGCUCACUCCACGACGCUCUCUGCGUUGUCCGAAACCUGGUCACAGACAACCGCAUUGUCUACGGGGGUGGUGCCGCGGAGAUUGCCUGCUCACUUGCCGUCGAAGAUGCUGCUGUGAAGAGUCCUGGUCUCGAACAAUAUGCAAUGCGCGCGUUCGCUGAUGCACUCGACUCCGUCCCGAUGGCUCUUGCAGAGAACUCUGGUCUCAGCCCAAUUGAGACCCUCGCAAACAUCAAGUCGCGACAGGCCAAGGAGAAGAACUCCAGGCUAGGCGUCGACUGCAUGCAGACAGGAAGUAAUGACAUGAAGGAGCACUUUGUUAUCGAUCCGUUAAUCUCAAAGAGGCAACAAUUGUUGUUGGCUACACAGCUUUGCAGGAUGGUAUUGAAGGUCAACAACGUCAUCAUCGCCGGCAGCGACGAGAACGAAUUCUAGACACGAACACCCACAUGUGAGAUAUAGACAAUGGCGGACGAUUCACUUGCAGUCAUGACGCCCUAUAUACCAAACUAGAAGAAAUAAAAAAAUCGAAAGCUCACGUAGCAAAAGCUUGCACUCGGUACAACGGGUUAGAUGGCAG